AUGGGUCACACGAAAGGGAAAACUCGGGAUUUCCAUCGCAGCAACAGAAAGAGAAUGAAGACUUCCUCGACCGACCUUGUGGCGGGUGCGGGGCCGAGGAAGGGAGUGGGGAGGGGGAUCGUCCUGAGGGGUGGGAGGAGGCAUGCACACGUGCCGGUGCAGUGCUGCAUCUUCUAUAAUGAUCUUGCUACGAUGAUGCAUUUUGAGGACUCUACGUACAAUUUUGCUGCUGUAUUUUACAUCCAAUAUGCUGAGCAACAGGAAUAUGAACUAGAUUGUGAGAAGCCUGCGGUUACUUCAGCGGAUGAGAGGUCCCAAAAGAAAAAGCCUUCUGUUAAGGAGAAGGAGGCCAUGGGUUAUAUUUGUAUUGCCUUUGAUACAGUAUCAUCUGGGGAAGGAGCUUCGUUGGUAGCACCAUCCUGCAAAGGAAAAAUGCUCCCCGACGGAGGGAAUGGGGAGAAUGUUAAAGACUUUUGA